ACGCUUUGUCUCUCACCAGUCUCUACAGAUUUUUGGUUAAUUCCAUGGUGGUAAGAACUAGCUGAUUACUGUGUUAGUGAGUAAUAAGCUCAACGCUAACUUAUAAGCUUAAAAAGGAGUAUUAAGCUCAGAGCUAAGUUAUGUGCUUAAAAGAUGUUCUGCAACACAUUAAAUGUAUGGGCGUUGAGCCAAACAGGCUUUAAGGUUUCUGUGAAACAACAUCUUCUUUCAUGUUGCUUCAGGAGAUUCUUCAUUUCGUACUCAUGUUUCAUAGAAUUUACACUGCAGACCAUCCUCAAAACUGUAAUCUGGAUAUUGACUCUCGGGUUACUUCCAAGAGAAUACACUUUGCUGAUAAGUUGUUGAAGAGUCUGGUCCUAUAUUGCCACUUGUAGUAUUUGUUUACAUGUUGCAGUAAUCGUCACUAUGUUCCAGGCUUCCAGCUUGGACACAUCCAAUUGAAGUGGCGUCUAUUGGUAUUUCCUCACUGAUUAGGGAACCCUUCAACGUUUUGUCCCUUGUAAAGAGCCAGCUGGAUGAUGGGAUUCAUGCUGACUGUCGUACUUCUCAUUCCCAACUUGCUGGAGAAAAUGGGUAAAGAUAUUUGGUGGCCUUUUGCAGUUUUGCUAAAAGGCGAGCAUAUACCUAUUCCUAGUACGAUCAUGUUAUUAGUAAGUUCUCCUCCAAACUUGCAGGAUGGAAAGGAAUUUUCAAUCCCAUGCUGGUGGGACUUUUAGCUUCAAUCUCUACUUCGCUUCUACCAUUCAAUCCCAUGCUGGUAGGACUUUUAGCUUCAAUCUCUGUCGGUCUGUCUACCCUAUGGCUACUUCGCUUCUACCAUAACCAGAAGAAGCUUCACUCCAUUAGAUCGGAGAAGUUUAACAAAUCUAAAUGCCAUGGUGGUUUAGGCAUCAGGGUCUCUUGAGUAUAUGAAUAAGUCCAUGAUUGUAAGGUGGUUUGGAGGUUCUUAACAGGUGGAGAUGCUCUUUGGGUCCACAUCCUCAAAGCAAAACAUCUGCAUAAUAGCAAAAGAAAUAAAAAAAUCAGGUUUGUUUUUAUACGUCUGGCUUUGUUUUUUUAAUGUGAAGCGCUAUUCUCCUCAUAAAAGUCAAAAAGUUACCCUUGAGUUUUAAGGAUUAGCUACGGACCGUUAAGAUCGUGGGAUCUAAAGGCUCACAUAUUCCAGUACACUUAUAAAUAUUCAAGUCAGCUGAAUCAAAUGUGAGAACCAAAGCAAAAUGGACUACCUCACGUCUCUUGCUCUCAUUCUUCCGGGCAUUUUCAUUUUUCAUCUACUCUACAGACGAUGUCGACCAUCUUCCGGCAGCCUCCGCCUUCCACCAUCACCACCAAAACUUCCAAUCAUCGGCCACCUCCACCUCGUCUCCGACAUGCCACAUCACUCGUUCUCUAAACUCGCUCAAAAACACGGUCCAAUUAUGUAUCUCCAACUCGGACAAGUCCCAACUCUAGUCGUUUCAUCAGCAAAACUAGCUCAAGAAAUUCUUAAAACACACGAUCAUGUUUUCUCAAAUCGGCCACAAAUUAUUGGAGCUCAGUAUCUCUCUUUCGGUUGUACUGAUAUAACGUUCUCACGUUACGGUCCUUAUUGGCGACAAGCAAGAAAAAUAUGUGUUACUGAGUUACUGAGUCCGAAACGAGUUAAUUCAUUUCAUCUCAUUCGCAACGAAGAAGUCGAUAUAUUAAUCAACUCGAUAUCGAAAUUAUCAGGAUCAGAAGUAGACAUGAGUGAGAAAUUCUUUGUUGUAGCUAAUGAUGUUUUAUGUCGAGUCGCAUUUGGGAAGCGUUUCAUUAGUGAUGACGAGUCGAAUCGGCUACCCAAAGUGUUGACUGUCUCACAAGAAUUGUUUUCUGGGUUUAGUAUUGCUGAUUUCUAUCCUGGGUUAGAAUGGAUUAACUCAGUCACCGGGUUAAAGAAAAAACUGUUAAAGAAUUUGAGUGAUUUAAGAUCGGUUUGUGAUGAAAUAAUAUCAGAACACAUGAAUCGGGAUAACAAUCAGAAUAAAACGGUCGGCGGUGGUGGUGAUGGUAUUAUUCCGGCGCUGGAUAGAGAAGAUUUCGUUGAUGUUUUAUUGAGGGUGCAAAAAGCCGGCGACUUAGAAGUUCCAAUUACGGAUGAUAAUCUGAAAGCUCUUGUUCUGGACAUGUUUGUUGCUGGAACAGAUACGACAUCGGCAACACUAGAAUGGACUUUUACCGAAUUAAGCAGACAUCCAGACAUUAUGAAGAAAGCACAAGAAGAAGUAAGAAAUGCAGUUGGACCGAAAGGAUUAGUUGCGCUCAACCAUCUUCCGCAACUGAACUACAUGAGAGCUGUUAUGAAAGAAACCUUUCGCAUACACCCACCGGUCCCUCUCUUGGUUCCUCGUGAGUCUAUGGAGGAUUGUAAGAUUGAUGGGUACGAUAUACCGGCAAAGACGCGUGUACUAAUCAACACCUAUGACAUUGGUAGAGACCUGUCAUCGUGGUCUAACCCGCUUGAGUUCAAGCCUGAGAGAUUUAUGGUUGAGAGCCGUGGCAGGGACAUUGAUGUCAAGGGCCAUCAAGAUUUUGAUUUGCUUCCUUUUGGUGGUGGUAGGAGAGGUUGCCCCGGGUAUUCUUUUGCCCUUGCAACAAUUGAGCUCACUUUGGCCAGGUUGAUGUAUCAUUUUGAUUGGUCGAUGCCCGUUGGGGUUCGAGCAGAAGAUGUGAAUCUUGAUGAGAUAUUCGGAUUAGCCACUAGGAAGAAAACUGCAUUGGUUCUUGUACCCACCAUUAAUGAAGACUACAUACGUGAUAUUCAAGGUCAAGGACAAUGAAUCACGUCGUUGGUUGGAGUGACAUGUGUGUUGUAUACUUGUAUUAUAAUUUAUUUAUUUAUUUAUUCCUUUUUGGCUUCAAUAAUUUUCUAUGAAGUUUCGUUUCUUUUUCUUUUU